GCGCCGCUCAGCAUGUGCAGCAAAACACACACGUUUAUCCUCUUAGUUUAAUAUUAAUCGUGUUUUCACAGAGUUCUGUGGUGAUAGUUUUGGGGUUGUGUUGUUUUUCACACCGGGUUUGUCUCAUAUCGGGUUUAGCUGUGUAAUAAUGGAGGAUUUACCAGAAGACUUGAGAUCAUUUCUAGAGAAACAGCCGUGCUUUGAGCUCACAGAGUCGAAAAGGAUUAAGUGUGUGCUGAAUGGACACGAGUUUCCCUGUAGUCUCUCUGAACUUCAACACUUCACGUCCGGCAAGAAAUAUAAGAAGCUCAGCGCACAGGAGCAGUUUAACUACAGCCAGUACGAGCCGCACAUAACCAGCAGCAGUAAACAACCUAAUCAUCUUUUCUGCAAACUCACGUUACGUCACAUUAACCGUGAGCCGAAGGAGGUUCUGCGACACGUCAGCGGCAAACGCUACCAGAAGGCUUUAGCGCAGUAUGAGGAGUGUGUGCGUCAGGGUGUGAAGUUUGUGCCUGUGCAGCUCAGGAAGAAGCAGAGACGCACAGAGAGCGAUGAGGACACAGACAGACAAGUACAGAAGAAGACGAAGAAGAAGCGGACGGAGGACAGCGGUGUGUGGGCUCCCAGCAGCAGUGAAGAAGACAACAGCGACUCUGAGGACAGCAUGUCUGAUCUCUAUCCACCAUCAAUGUUCAGACUGAAGAACGCAGAUGAUGAGCAGGAGAUGAAAGAUGAGGAUGAGGAUUUUCAGACUGAUGAAGAUGAAGAGGAAAUGGAAGUAGAAAACCAGGAGCAGAAACGCAGGAAGGUUCAGUCUGCUGGAUUUACUAAGAAGUUUAAGAAGAACAAUAAGAAGAAGGGUUUUAAACGUGUCGGCAGAGUCAACGGAAAAUAAUAAAGUCUUUAAUUGAC